AGCACUUCUUACCUGUUGCGGUGUUCAACUGUUAGCAAGUUUCUCCGACGUUCGCGAGUUCUUCGACUAGAAUGGCAGUGGGUCGACUCUUGUCCGGAUAUUUAUGUCCACUAGUCGAAACUCCCGAGGGCCAUCCCAGUCGCGGUCGAAGGAUUAGGCGGAUUGCAUGGGGAAUUCGUUCACCUGACGCGGGGAUACCCACCUGGAAAAUUCCCUUGUUAUUUGAAAUUCGAUUUAGAUUUCUCGGCGACGGCGAUUGUCCAGACUGGUUGCUGGCGGAAAUCAACACACUUUCACGAAUGACUUCAAUUAAAAUGAAAAUGCUAGGUCAAGCAGUGGCUAAAUACUUGACCGAAGGAGAACUUGAUGAAGAAAAAAUUAAAAAAAUCACACAAGACGCCAAACUUGAUGUAAGUGAUGCAAAGGCAAUGGUAGCUGCCCUCGAAUUGAUAUUCACAUCUUCCGUCCGAUAUGGCGUUUCCGCAGCUGAUUUGAGCAGCGAACUGCAACAAUUGGGGCUUCCGCGAGAACAUAGCACAGCUGUAGCAAGACUUCACACAGAUCACUGUCCUCAGAUCAUGGCUGUUCUUUCAUCUCAAUCUUUAAGAGUUAGCCGCUUGUCCUCCAUCGAAGUACUACCUUGCGAUAGCUCGUCGCCUGUUUCCGCUGUGACAUUAAAAUUGAAGAAAAUAGACGGAAAAGAGGAAGACUCCACUAUAAAUAUCUCCAAAGAUAAUGUACAAGUUUUAUUGAAAGAAUUGAAAAGAGCACGGGCACUAAUGGAAAAUUUAUGAAUAUUAAAUAAGAUAAUAAUUACAACAUUUUAUAACAUAAUUAUUGUGAUUUAUUGAUGAAAAUAUUUGCUAUUUGCCAAUAAAUA